AGGAUAGUACGAGAACACCUGCUCCAAAAACAUCUACAUCAACAUUGCUUGAGAAGAAGAUUGCACUUCUUCGAGAUUUCUUUCCUUCGAGUUUUUCCGACGAGUUGCUUUCUGUGGACCCCCAUCCAGCUUGUCUCUAUGGCCUAUCCCUGAAGCAUCGAAAAGGUGAGUGCGGCAGGCAUGGGGAGUGCGCUCUAGAUGGCCUCGACUGCGUAAAACUCGGCAUGACGAAACACCUCCAUUCUAAUCAAAGUUUUCUCCAGGGUCAACAAGACAAUAAUCAUGCUGACCUUCAAAACCUGUACGUGAAGACUGAAGCAACAACCACAUCUAGCUACUAUUGUCAAUAUUGCCGUACGAAGAUACAAGGAAAAUCCAUGCGAUUUCACGCAUAUUGGCGACAGGAUAAUCGAGUAACGUGGCCACAAAGUUUCUUCUUCCACCGAGAAUUGGAAUCUGAAAUGGAAGCAUGUAUUUUUGAUAUGGCGAGGAAAGGCAUUUGUGUUUCAGGAACUACGUACAAGCUUAAGCUUUUCGACUCUCUUCUAUAGAAACUCCCUAUAGAAGAAGCGCUUUGAUAUUGUAGAAGCUUCUCCACCUUCACCUCGUUCUAUUUUCAUGAAGUUCAGCGUUGAAAGGCUGAACUCUGUCUCCAUCUUUUUUCGCUCUUUCAUAGAACUUCUGCUAAACAGCUUUGAUAAAAGGCAAGCAAAACUGGAGAAUAAUAGAGAUAAGAAGUUUCCCCAACAACUACGAAGCAAGUGCAUCUUCAUUUUUCCACCUUGUAGUCCUCCCUCGCCUUCUUUCAUGUCCCAGCGUUAUCUGAAAGUCCGCGCAUGGAAACGAUUUGGUUUCCCCGCACAACAUUUGGAAUACUUCACGCUUCUUGGACUUGGUGGAGUAGAUGAUGAAUCAUCUCAGUUCAAGACUAAGGAGUUCCAAAACUUUCUAGAGGAAGAAACAGCCUCUCUUGAACGACAGGCUAAAGAAUUGCGAGACUCGUUUAUCAUCACUCAUGGUUAUGGAGGAGGUAUUUGCCGCCCAGGAGCAGUACUAGGAGAGUAUUUGCCGCGCUAUGCAGCCGACUUUUCAUCAUCUGCCUACUUGACCUCCUCGUCAUCCUCUUCUGCCUACUUGACCUCUUCUGCGUACCAAGAAGUAGACUAUGACCUUCUCCGACAGAAGAUACGGGAGUUCCGAGAAAAGGGACUCGCUUUGGUUGAAAAGGGUAAUCGAAGUGUUUUCCACGACAUUGGGAAGGAAAAAAGGGCAGAAGUCGUUGCGCGAAAACGAAGGAAAGAGGACGAACAAGUUGUAGCAGAUUUACAUAGGAAAAAGAAAUACAGAAAUAAAAAAACUAUCAUGCCUGAUGAUGAUGAAUGAUUGACAUUCUUUCACACUGAACAAAUGGUUGCAUCAUGUCCAUGUAUUGUACUGCAUGAUGCAUCAUACAUUGUAUUUUGUAUAGUGCAAUACGAGACUUUUUUUUAGCGAGAGAUAGCAGGCUUUUCUUAGCCUCGCGCUUAGCAACAUCGUAAGUCCCGGAACAGACUUGGAUCACUGGUGUUGGUCAGGAUCGGUCCAGACAAUGACAGGUCGAUGCAUGAUAAAUCCGAAGCGAAAUUGCGAAAAACGACUCUGCGAAAAUUCGUCGUUAUUUCAAAAAGAUCCACGCACUCGUUGUUAAAGCGGAAGAUGAAUAAAGAAAAUCAAAGUGUGGCUUUCACAUGUGAAGUUCGGAAAACUGUUAUUUGAUGUUUUUCCUACUGUAGAACAUUGCGAGCAGCUUUCUUCGGUAGUUCAAUUUCAAAUCAUUAUUUGAUGUUAUCUGUUAAUAUCGAUUUUUGUGUGCAUUUCUGUAAGAAGAAGCUAUUACUAAUAUGGUCGUGCGGCCAACAGCACCCCAAGAUUUCGACGUCCUCGACGAACGAUAAGCUCAACCCCGACCCUAUGACGUCCUUCUUCCGCUAAUCACAUCUUCUGUUUGACGGUGAGGUCGAAGCACCCUUGUAAUGCAAGCUAAAUUCUUUCACCUUAGUAUAUUCACCUUAUAAAAAUCCUUGUAAUACGUGUUACACCCUCGAUGAUGAUUUUGAUCAACGAUGCCCAUGACAAUGAUUUUUUCGUUUUUUACGUUGUAUUUUUCGGCAACUUGUUCUUGUCAUUGUCUAAGUUGUGAUAAUGAAUUCCUAAAUCGACUUGUCUUUGUGCAAGACUGUGUUCUGACUCAUAUGAUUUGUUGAGGGAAUCCGCUGCUCUGGUAAUCUUCGGUGCGGCUAAUUUUUUAGACGGCAGGCUCGCUCUUGCCAGACGUAGGCCGUAGAGCCAACACUGUUGAGUUUACAGUUACA